ACCGGAACCGGAAAUAGAGUCAGCUAUCUAAGACUAUUAACCGGAUAUGAUUAUCCGGUUUACGGUUUAGUUGGAAAGAUUUAUAAACCGAUUUGGUCUGUUUGUGCGGCAAAAACCUUGAAAUGAUAAGAAUCUUUCCAAGUUUACGGUUUACCUCUCUGCUCUCUGCCGCUAAACCUCUUUGCUCAUAUUCUCCGGCGAAAUCCUCUACGGAGACUAAUUCUCUCAGCAUAACUCCCAAGACACCGCUAUUCCUUAGAACGCCGUCGCACGCAACUUCUCUAUCUGAGGUUUGGAAAUGGCACGACUGGGCGAAAGAUCUGGCCUCCUCCGUAGAGGAAUCUUCGACGAAUUCUGAAGAUGUUCUUGACUCUGUAAUUCUCCACCGUGAGCUAAAAUGGCUGAUCGAAGACUCAAUCGUAGACGAUCCUUUAGUGAUUCUUCACAGAAGCGAAAUCGCGGACAACGGCGAGAAGAAUGUGAAAUUGAGAGCGUCGUUGGAGGAGCUUUACGAUUUAUGGAGGCAGAGGAUCGAGAAGCGUCGGCCGUUUCAGUACGUGGUCGGAUGCGAAUACUGGAGAGAUUUGGUGUUGUGCGUUGAGGAAGGGGUUCUAAUUCCGAGACCGGAGACGGAACUAAUCGUCGAUAUGGUGGAGGAGCUUGUAACGAGAGAUGAAUGGUUUAAGAAAGGUUUUUGGGCUGAUCUUGGGACAGGAAGUGGUGCAAUUGCGAUAGGCAUUGCUAAAGUCUUGGGAAGCCGUGGGAGAGUUAUAGCUACAGAUCUCAGUCCGGUGGCAGUUGCCGUUGCCGGAAAAAAUGUGCAGAGAUACGGCCUUGAGGGGAUGAUUGAAGUGAGAGAAGGAUCUUGGUUUGAGCCUUUGAAAGGUCUUGAAGGAAAACUUGUAGGGCUUGUAAGUAAUCCACCAUACAUACCAAGUGAUGACAUUCCAGGCCUACAAGCUGAAGUUGGUAAACAUGAACCGAAACUUGCAUUGGAUGGUGGUAUUGAUGGAACUGAUAGUCUUCUCCAUCUCUGUUAUGGGGCUUCUCAGAUGCUUCAACGCGGUGGUUUUUUCGUUUUCGAGACGAAUGGAGAGAAACAAAGCAAGAUGAUCGUUGAUUACAUGAUGAGCAAUGAUCUAAAAGACUGUUUCUCAGAUUUGAAGAUAGUUUCUGAUUUUGCUGGAAUCAAUCGGUUCGUGACUGGCUUUCGUCUCUGAGCUUUUUUACACAACUUGCUGUGGUGCUACUUAGUACUUCCCAUUACUUGUGACUUGUGGGAUCUCAUUUUCAGUAUAUCUCUUCUAAGUGAAGUAAUCUAAUUUAUGGCUUUGCGAAGUUCAUUUCUAUCAAAUAAUGACCUUAGUUAACAGAAUCGUAUUGGAAGAAUUUUUGUUUUUGUUUUUUUUUAUAUACCAGAUACGAGGCAAUUGUAAAAAGUACAGCGUUGAAAUGAUAAAUUUUCAGUGAUCCAAUAUCAUGUGGGUUAUGGUAGGUAGGAUUAAAGGUAUAAAUUAUUAAAUUGUAGACUGAUACGAAUAUGGGCUUUUUAAGCCCAUCGGACUUCCCAUUGGCUCGUAGGCUUGGCCCAUUUAUGCUAUAUAACCACCAAUAAAUUCAUCACUCUCAGCUUUUUGAUAUUAGGGUUUAUUUUGGCAAUCUCGAUUUCACCUAGCUUUCCUCAGAGCAUCCGCCGCAUCCGUCUACAGAAUGGAUUCUCAAAUCAAACAUGCCGUGGUCGUUAAGGUCAUGGGUAGGACUGGUUCUCGUGGUCAGGUCACUCAGGUUAGAGUCAAGUUCACUGAUUCAGACCGUUACAUCAUGAGGAACGUGAAAGGACCGGUCAGAGAAGGAGAUAUCCUCACUCUCCUCGAGUCCGAGAGAGAAGCUAGAAGACUCCGUUGAUUCCAUAUCCCAAUCCUCUUUCAAAACUCUUCCCAACAUUUACAUUUUGAUGGUCUCUUGUUUCUUGGCCUUGUAGUCAAGUUUUUUUUGUUGCUCUGUUUUAAUUACUUGAGGUUUUUGUUAAGACAAUGUUUGAAUCUAGGAAUGAAUCUUUUAUGACGUAA